AUGUCUUCCGAUCUCUCUGUCAUUCUCCCUCGUGUUCUAAUUGUAUCUAGACGAAGCGUUCGCAAGAACAAGUUUGUUGAUUUCGUUGGUGAAUAUCACCUUGAUCUUAUAGUAGGGUAUGGCGCAGUACCCGUCAUUGUUCCUCGUGUUUCUGGGGUUCAUAUGUUACUGGAUAGCUUUGAACCAAUCCAUGGUGUUCUUCUAUGUGAAGGAGAAGACAUUGAUCCUUCUUUGUAUGAACAAGAUACCUCUGGUCUUUCUCAAGAGGAGUUGGAAGAAAUAAGGAGGCUUCAUGCUAGUGAUACAGCCAUUGAUACAGAGAAAGAUUCAAUUGAAUUGAGCCUUGCCAAGCUUUGUCUUGAAAGGAACAUUCCCUACAUGGGAAUCUGCAGGGGAUCACAGGUUCUAAAUGUUGCAUGUGGGGGUACUCUAUAUCAGGAUAUAGGGAAAGAGCUUUCAAACAAGUGCCCUGAGAAUCAAAGGGUGAUGCAUAUAAACUAUGAUGAUUAUGAUGGUCAUAGGCACGAGGUAAAAGUGGUUGAAAACACCCCAUUGCAUCAUUGGUUUAAGGAUUCUUUGGAAGAAGGGAAAAUCGAUAUUUUGGUUAAUAGUUAUCACCAUCAAGGUGUUAAGAGAUUGGCACAACGUUUUGUCCCAAUGGCUUUUGGCCCUGAUGGUUUGAUUGAAGGGUUUUAUGAUCCAGAUGCUUAUAAUCCAGAAGAGGGUAAGUUUAUUAUGGGAUUGCAGUUUCACCCUGAGCGUAUGAGGAAGCCUGAUUCAGAGGAAUUUGAUUACCCGGGAUGCCCCUUUGCUUAUAAGGAAUUUGUGAAGGCUGUUAUUGCUUAUCAGAAGAAGCUGAAUUGCUUAACAUCUGUCCAAAAGCCUCCGAAGCUUAACCAGGAAAUGGAGAACAAAAGGAAGAUUAUAGUUCGUAGUUUCUCACUUGCAAAAAACCUCUACAACGCUGGCCGUGGGAUGAGUUCAACCAAAGAGUCUGAAUUGGAAGCCGGGGCAGAAUUUCUUGAGUCAAACACAGCCUUGACUGUGCAGCAAGAAAAUAGGUUAAAGCAAAUGGGUGCAACUGUUAGAAAUGCUGGGUCAUACUUAGAGAGACUGAAAAUGAAUGAGGAAAGAGAAAAAAUGGCAAGAAAUGUGAUGGGGAAAAUGUCGGUGGAACAGUUGUCUGAGCUUUUGUCUUUUUACCACAACAUGGGGCAGAUUUGUUCAGAAGUAUUGGAAAGAAAGAUACAUGGCCUUGUCAAUGACUUAUAA